GAGCACUUUAUUUGGUGUUUCAUUGUCUUGGAAACAGCAAGGUGCCACUUUUAAUUCGAAUUUAAAGCCCUUCAAUGUCGACCAAUCAGAAGCCAGAAGUCCAAAACAAAGAUGGCGGAGUACAUUCACACGUGUUUUCAAAGCUAGUGUGAAAUCCGUCUUUAAAGAGCGACGUAGGUUUACAAACGUGGGAUGAAAGCUUCGAAUAUGAAUUCCUUAGAAGAUGUAUUCAAAAAGUGGGAGAAAAAAGGCGAAGAAAGACGGCUGAAUGCCCCCGUGAAGGCCGGAGGAAAACAGGACUCGUCAACCGGACGAGCAGCCUGGCAGCAAAGAUUUGAUGCUUCUGCAUUACCCAGGCGACGACCAAACAGGAAAAAGCGCCAGGAAUAUGAUGCAUAUGACUUAAAUAGUCGCAUAAUGUUGGAACACAUUGAACGAAAAUUUCAGCUGAUACCACCACUUGCAGUCGAGGAUAACCAUCGCACAUCACGACCAUUUCUUGGCACAGGGUGUUCUAAAUGCUCUCAAAAAAGUAUUCGGAUUGUGUUUUCCAAAGAAGGCAUCAAAAACAGCCCUUUGAGGAACCUACUUGAUUUGAGUGUUUUUUGUAGAAAGAAUUUCUUCAGGACUGCUUUUAGUGACAUUCUCUAUGUUGCAAACUUGCCAAGUGUAAAGUACAAGAAACUGAAGGAUGUUCAAAACACUGUAGUUAAUUCUCCAAGUGUUUCUUCAACCAUACAUCGACUGGCUGCAUCUGACCAAAAUGCUGACGAAAGCCCCAAAAAUGCUGGCUCUUCAGCCGAGAAAGAAAUAACAAAUCCAGCCAUGACAUCAAAACAGCUUAAGGCAGAAGCACACAAUAUCAUCAAGGCUAUGAGUGGCUCAAUCAAAAGAAGUUUAGUUAGGAUUGUAUCAUGGUUUCUGUUCAAGUUUUUUGGCAAAGUUCUGUCCAGCAUCCAGAUUCAUCAAGGACAAAUUACAAUGCUUAAAGAAGCAUCAAAGAGGAACAUCCCUUUGGUGUAUCUACCAUUGCACAAAAGUCAUGUAGAUUAUUUGUUGAUCUCUUUUGUGUUGAACUGGCAUGGUCUCAAGGUUCCUUACAUUGCUGCUGGAGAUAAUCUGACAGAUAUUCCAUUGUUUAGUUGGUUGAUGAGGAACAUGGGGGCAUUCUUUAUCCGAAGGAAGCUUGAUGAUCAAACUCCUCAAAAUGAACUGUACAGUGCCAUCAUGAAAGAGUAUAUUGCUCAAAUCUUGAUCUCUGGCAAUAAUCUCGAAAUAUUUCUUGAAGGAACAAGAUCAAGGUCAGGCAAAAAUUACCCGCCGAAAAUCGGAGUUCUAUCAUCGGUCAUUUCAGCCGUAAAUGAAGGUCGCGUAUCUGAUGUAUUGAUUGUACCCGUCAAUAUCUCCUAUGAACAGAUCCUUGAAGCUGGUUAUACAGGCGAACUUAUGGGAGAACCAAAGCGGCCAGAAUCCUUUCUGCGGACAGUGAAAAAUGCUUUGAGAAUCUGCCGAAGUUAUUUUGGACAAGUUCGUGUCGAUUUUGGGAUGCCAUUUUCCCUUGUGGAAAUGCUUCGGAGCUCAGAAAGUUCACUGUCGUGGCAAACUUUCAUGGAAACAACAUCCUCAUGUUCAAAUCAACAAAGCAUCUUUUAUGAAACUUUGAACGGCCCUUCAACAGCGCUGACAAAGGGAAUUGCCAAUCAUGUUAUCCAUGAAUGUGUUGAAAGUUCCACGAUUAUGGGAACAAACAUGGUCGCGUUUCUGUUGUUGACAAAAUUUCGGAAGGGGGUUAACUUGAAAGAAUUUGCAAAGGCUUUUGAGAUGCUGAAGAAGGACAUUCUUAUGCACAAAAGGGACUAUGGUUUCAGCGGUUGUAAUGAAGACGUCAUCUUAUACUCAGUCAAGCUUUUAGGAAGCGAUCUUGUAUCCUGGGAUUCAAAAUCGUGUGUUAUCAAACCGAAUAUCUUGUUACCAGCUGUCUUAGAGCUCUCCUAUUACAGCAAUCAGGUGGUAUCUGUAUUUCUGCUUGAAUCUAUUGUGGCAUGUUCCAUUGUCACUUUACUGGAGGAUGAAAACUUGUCUCUUUCGGAGUUGGUGUAUGCAACAACAACGGUGUCAAGACGACAGCUGCUUGAUACCGCUUUGGACUUGUGUCACGUACUUCGCAAGGAAUUCAUAUUUUGCAAUCCUUGUGUGACUAUGGAGGAGGCGAUUGUCGAUGCCAUUGAGAAGUUUAUCGCAGCUGAUGUGUUGAACGUUUGCGAGGAUAUUAGCGCAAAGUCACGUGAUAAGAAAUGGGCCAAUCGGCUGGCGGUGUCUACAGCGUGGUCUGACAAUUCAGAGAGUGAGGAAGAUGAAAUAAUUGAUCAAGAGUACAGGGUAAAUGCUUCGGAAGAGGCUAUACGAAAGCUUAGAUUUUUGCGGAAUAUUCUUUCUCCUGUUAUUGAAAGCUACUGGUUUUGUGCUUCUAGUUUUCUUUCAGUGCAACCAAAUGAAAAUGAGUCGGUGAAUUCGACCCAAGCUUCUGCUGUGGCCCGUUUUAAAGCUGGGACUCUCCUUUUUGGGGAGAGCUGUAGUUUUGUCUCCAUAAAGAACGCUUUAUCAGUUUUUAAGAAAUACUUUUCUCAUCUAGAACAGGAAACGUCUGGUCAGGACGUGUCGAUCACUACAAAAAAAACCAUUCUGGACCUAAAAACUCAUUUGAAUAGGUUCAAGACAUAAUAAUUAUUAUAUUAUUAUUAUUAAUAUAUGUCUUCAAUGAAAGUUGUAAGUGAAAUACUUAUACUUAUAAGGCUUCCCACUUACCAUUUUGGU